AUGAUUGGAAAGAUACUAAACGUCGAGCCUCUUCACGGGAAGAAGGCCACAAAAGACCAAGUGUUAUGCAAGCUUAACUCAGUUUCUUUAGUUCACAUUGCAGCUCAUGGUUGUGCAGAAACCGGUGAAAUUAUUUUGUCUCCAAAUCUAGCCUGUUCCGAACAACCCAAAGAGGAAGAUUUUGUUUUAACGAUGGAAGAUGCGCUGAAUUCAAAACUAAACGCCAAGCUCGUUGUCUUAAGCUGCUGUCACAGUGGACGCGGGAAGAUCAAAGCCGAAGGCGUGGUUGGUAUGGCACGCGCCUUUUUGGGAGCCGGCGCCCGUUCUGUCAUUGCGUCACUGUGGGCGAUUGAUGACGAGGCCACUCUAGAGUUUAUGAGACAUUUUUACGACAAUUUAGCGAAUGGAAAAAGUGCGAGCAAGUCACUUCAUGAGGCCAUGAAAUGGAUGCGCGAGUCUGACGACUUCAAAGCCAUGAGGUACUGGGCGCCAUUCGUGCUGAUUGGUGAUGACGUGAGAUUUAAUCUUAGCCAAAAAAGGUGAGGUCCUUAUUGUAAGCUGAGGUUAAAAAAAAGCGUUUAAAGGAGACUGCUCUGUCACGAUAUUUUAAGUCACUAUUUUGAAACGCACAAAGUUAUCCAAAAAUAGAAGGAAACGUCAAAAAAUAUUAAAAACUAGUAAGAGUGGUUUUAAGAACUAUGAAGGAUAAAGAAUUGCUUAGGGUGGAAAAAAGUUAAGGGGAAAACAAAAAACCAACUUGGAAGGGAAAGCAAUUUGUGCCACUUUUUUUCGGGUAAAACUGUCAAGGUCAAACACAAACUUUCAGAUAAACGACGUCUCGGAGGAAUCGCAUUGAAACUUAAAGGAUAUUAAGUUUUUAUCAUGAGACUGCGAGCAGAUUCUUUUUUGCUCGAAAAUCUGUGUCGAGUGCGAUAUUAAAAAUAAUGUAUAUGAGCUGCGAAGCCGCAAGCAGCGAGUUGUGCAGACGACUGUACGAGCGUAAGGAGAGUCUCUCUUUUCGCUGGUACUGGCCCCCGCACAAAUUGAUGAUCGCGGCUUCGCCGCUCGGAUACGCACACAUAUCGCAGUAGCUUUCACUUGGUGAUUGGCCUUGUGACUUGAAGUAACGGAUUUUCAUUAGCUAAAAAUUUGACAGGUUGAGUCACGCCACGUACUGCCCUGCAUAAAUUCGGAAUUUAUUGUUUUCCAAACUUCAGAACAAGAUCAGCGAUGCUUAUUGUCUCGAAAACUGGAGGCAUUUUGGGGUAUUAUAAAGUCGUAACUUAGCCCAAAGGUUAAAAAUUAUUCCAAGGAAAGAUUUUAGAGCCGUUAAAAUAACCGAACAAGUGAAAGCUAUGUACGGUUGAGCAGUCUGUAGAGCAACUAGCCAGGCGGUUUUGAAAAGUUGCUAACCGAAUAGCACGAACAGAAAUCGUGUUACUGUUGUACUUCACAAAACGGUUUAAGUCUUGUUUUUCGUCCUGAGCACUAUUCAGCUAUAUGAACUGUGUAAAAUCAAAACUAACCUCAGUAAACAGCCGGCAUUUGGCGACGCUACCACUGGUUUCCCCGCCCAAUGACAUCUGAGAAACGAGCGCAGAAAUUUCAUACUUAUGACGCGUCAUUACUUUGAUCUGGGUAGUGUUUCUGAUUGGUAGUGCCGCAUGGGAAAUUUGAUUCAACCAAUCACAAGCACAAUCCAGAUCUGGGUAGGACGGGUCAUCAGUAUGGAAUUUAUGCACUCGUUUCUCAGACUUCAUUUUGGGGGGGAAACCAAUGGUAGCGUUGCCAAAUGUCAGCUGUUUUCUCAGGCUAAAUCAAACCGAAAGGUGAGUUUUUAUACGCAUGUAGUCUUCAAAAAAUUCAACUUACCAGGUACUUGCAAAGUUUCACAAAGUUUGUACAAAAAGUUUGUUUUCCUUUCGGUAAAAAGAAUCAGAAAAACACUCAGUACUUGACAAAAGAAAACUGCUGUAAUCAGAAUUCGUUUUGUUACUAUUUUUAACUUUAAAACUAUGUAGGAAUAUUAAACGUUUAUCUGAAUUGCCGCAUUUUUGACGCAAUACAAUUUCUAGCAAGUCGUCUCCGCCUUUGGAAACUACGCGUUUUUGUUCAGUUUCCUCUGCUUGAGCUAUUUGCAGAGAAUCCAAUCAGGAUGCAAGUCUUGCAUAAGAGCAAUCUGGCUAUUUUUCUUAUUAGACAGAAAGUGAAUCUUCUACCAAACUAACCUAAACAAAAACAUCGAAUUUUUGCAUUCGUUCGGCAAAUGAUCGCGUCUUGCAUAAAUUAAAAAUUUAAGUGACUGUCCUCUUAUUGAUCAUAAACAUUAGCCAAUCAACGCACGAAAAUAAGUCAGUUACUGUAAAAUAUUUUAGUAUUCACCAAAUCAGUGGAUAGCAAUUUUCGCGCGUUCUGAUUGGCGGUCGUAACUCGGAAUAUCCUUGGAUAUUCACUGUUUUGGGACAGGAUUCGAAAUGGCUUCUCGUUUCGCGACAGUUUCGAAAGAUCAAAUUUUAGCGGUAACUGAAGCAGCUGCGCCAACAAAUACCAUAAAGAGACAGAAUUUGGCUUGUCGAUGUUAACUGGUCGGUAGAAAAAAAUUGUCUUACUGAAUUUGCAACAAAAUCAUAAAAAAUGAUCCCGAAACACUGUCAAUUGAAACGUAAACCUCACUAAGUGAUGUCUUUUAUUUACAAAAAGUUCCUCUUUGAUCCCUGAUUUUUAUCCAACUGAUUUGGUAAAUACUAAAAAUAAUUACCCCCUAUGGGUCGGUUCAUAGUGCUAGAUAUAUACCUCGACGUUUCCGCGCCCUCGGUAUAUUUCCACCACUAUUCACCUCGCAUUCGGGGGAUAGUUGUAGUAUUUACCCCUGUAGUAUCCUUAUAUCAUGAAUGGUGUUUGAAUCGAAGAUUGCAUUUUUUUCAGCCAUGUUUGAGUCAAGUAAGACGCAACACUAAUCAGACUUCACAUGCUGAGUUGGUGUUAUGCGUACUUUGGUCGCUUACAUUGGGACACAGCUGAUUCAAAUAAAUGGUAAAAGGAACCAUUAACAAUGUGGAGGAGAG